CGCUUGAGUCGCGAUUUAGUUGCUCAGCUGCUCCCCUCUUCCUGGAAGGACCCGCCGUCACAAAAUCGUGUGCUGUUUUUGUUUCUUUACCCUGGAAUCUGCAUAAAUUCACAAAAUGAAAUUAUUUUUAUGUGCCAUUGCUGUAACGCUUUGUUUGGCAGGGACAACUGUAUCCGCCGCCGGCUUCGAGUGCCCCAAGCCCAACGGCCAGUUCGCCGAUGAGAUCCAGUGCGACAAGUUCCAUGUGUGCGAGGAUGGUGUGCCCAAGGCGAGAUUGUGCCCAGACGGCUUGGUCUUCGAUCCACUGAACCGCAAGUUCAACAAAUGCGAUCAGCCCUUCAAUGUAGACUGCGAGGACCGUACAGAAUUGCAGGAGCCCAAGUCCAGCAAGUAUUGUCCACGUAAGAACGGGUUCUUUGCCCAUCCCGAUCCGGCUGUGUGCAAUAUCUUCUACAACUGCAUCGAGGGCGAUGCCCUGGAGACCAAGUGUACCGUGGGCCUGCACUUCGACGAGUACUCGGGCACCUGUGUGUGGCCCGAUACGGCCAAGCGUGAGGGCUGCAACCCCGAGCAGAGAAUGUCUGAGACUGGCUUUGAGUGCCCCAAGGAUCAGCCCAAGACCGAUGAUCGCGGUCAGGUUGUGACUCAUCCCAAGUAUCCUCAUCCCACCGACUGCCAGAAGUUCUACGUCUGCCUGAACGGCGAGGAUCCGCGCGAUCUGGGCUGCCAGCUGGGCGAGGUCUACAACGAUAACACAGAGAUGUGCGACGCACCCGAAAAUGUGCCCGGAUGCGAGGACUGGUACAAGGAUGUCGAUGACAAGAAGGACUAAGCCGGCUCUUGUCCAGCGCCGCCCGCCGAUAAAAGCCCAAUGCGCGUCUCCCACUUCCUCUCUCCUCUCCAUCUACACAUACACACUACACCCUACACCCUACACCAAAACACCUACAGUCACACUCAUGCACACUAAAAAAAAGGAUUCGCGUCGUAGUCACUUAAAGUUAGUAGUUCUAGCCCACUUCCUAUAGAACGUACAUAUGUAUGUGUAGCAGUUAAACUCUAAUCUAUCCUCUGUCUACUCACCAACUGUCCGACUAUCUGACUGUCUGACUGUGUCGGUCUUUCCGUUCUAUCAAACUAUACUAUAUUCUUCAUUUUCUGUAUCUACCUCCUCACCUGUCUAUCGCUGUGCCCAACUGAAUCUUCUGACCAAAUUGUUGUGUAUAUAUUUCCCCCUCUUUCUGACUUUCAUUUAAUUAUUAUACAAGAAAAUAAACUGAUUUUUGUUUUAUAAACUACACCGGCAACUU